GCUUAUUAUUCGUGUAGCCACUUCACACUUCACCUCUCUUCCCACUUACUGCUAAAGUGUAUCUGCCACUCAGUCAUGGCGGCCGCCGCAACAACCUUCUCCUCCGUCACACCAACCACCAUCUCCUCCACCUCAUCAUCAUCAUCAUCAUCAUCAUCUCUCAAAACCACACCCAAAACCAUAUCUUUCACUUCACCAUUUCUAUCUUCCUUCAAAUCCCUCAAAUCCAAUCACUUUUCCUCCAAUGGGUCUGGUUCUGGUUCUGGGUCUGCUCUUGGAGCUCGUAUGGUUGCAGCCCCAGCAAUUACCAAAACGCCCUUUUCUCUCGAUUUUGAGACUUCUGUUUUCAAGAAAGAGAAGGUCAACCUUGCUGGUCAUGAUGAGUACAUUGUGAGAGGUGGAAGAGAUUUGUUUCAUUUGUUGCCCGAUGCAUUCAAAGGUAUUAAGCAGAUUGGCGUUAUCGGUUGGGGAUCUCAGGGUCCAGCUCAAGCUCAGAAUCUUAGGGAUUCGCUUGCCGAAGCGAAAUCUGAUAUCGUAGUCAAGAUUGGGUUAAGGAAGGGCUCGAGUUCGUUUGCCGAGGCUCGUGCUGCAGGGUUCACUGAAGAAAAUGGGACUCUUGGUGAGAUUUAUCCCACUAUCUCGGGUAGUGACCUGGUUCUGCUCUUAAUAUCUGAUUCAGCUCAGGCUGAUAAUUAUGAGAAGAUCUUCUCGCACAUGAAGCCUAACAGCAUACUUGGACUUUCCCAUGGUUUUCUUCUUGGCCAUUUGCAAUCAAUUGGUCUUGAUUUCCCCAAGAAUGUCAGUGUCGUUGCCGUAUGUCCCAAAGGAAUGGGUCCAUCAGUUAGGAGGCUGUAUGUCCAAGGAAAGGAGAUCAAUGGAGCCGGGAUCAAUGCAAGUUUUGCCGUUCACCAGGAUGUUGAUGGUAGAGCCACUGAUGUUGCUCUUGGAUGGUCAGUUGCUCUUGGUUCACCGUUUACAUUUGCAACUACGUUAGAGCAGGAGUACAAGAGCGAUAUAUUUGGGGAGAGAGGUAUUCUACUUGGUGCUGUGCAUGGUAUUGUGGAAUCGUUAUUUAGAAGGUACACAGAAAAUGGUAUGAGCGAAGAUUUGGCUUACAAGAACACUGUAGAGUGCAUUACAGGAGUUAUAUCAAGAACUAUAUCGACCAAGGGUAUGAAGGCUGUUUACGAGUCACUAUCGGAAGAAGGCCAAAAGGAUUUCUUGACUGCAUACAGUGCUUCAUAUCAUCCCUGCAUGGAAAUCUUGUACGAGUGUUAUGAGGAUGUAGCCAGUGGCAGUGAGAUAAGGAGUGUUGUUCUGGCCGGUCGCCGUUUUCAUGAAAAAGAGGGUCUGCCAGCCUUCCCAAUGGGCAAGAUUGAUCAGACACGGAUGUGGAAAGUCGGGGAACGGGUUCGUGCUACUCGACCUGCUGGUGAUUUAGGGCCGCUAUAUCCUUUUACAGCAGGUGUUUAUGUGGCAUUAAUGAUGGCCCAGAUUGAGGUACUGAGGAAGAAAGGUCAUUCUUUUUCUGAGAUCAUAAAUGAAAGUUUGAUCGAGUCUGUGGAUUCUUUGAACCCUUUCAUGCAUGCUCGAGGUGUUUCUUUUAUGGUGGACAACUGUUCAACGACUGCAAGGUUGGGAUCAAGAAAAUGGGCUCCGCGUUUUGACUACAUACUAACCCAACAGGCCAUGGUUGCUGUAGAUAGUGGCACACCUAUCAACCAGGAACUAGUGAAAAACUUCUUUGAAGAUCCAGUGCACGAGGCUAUCAAAGUAUGUGCAGAGUUGAGACCCACUGUUGAUAUCUCAGUGCCUGCAGACGCCGACUUUGUGAGACCUGAGCUGCGCCAAUCUAGCAAUUAGAAUAUGAUGUAUGAAUUUUAAUUUCUGGUUUGAGGAAUGUAGUUUACAACUUGCCCCCGUUGUUAUGUUUUGUAUUCAUGUAGUUAUGCAAACGAUAUGUUGGUAUUUGGUUGGAUUUGGUAAUUUUUGAAUAACUAAAGUUGGUUUAUGUGCCAAAA